CCAGCGCGAUCCAAGCAGCCAUUGCGGAGCAGAGCCAAGAGUUUCGGACUUGUUUGCAUCGAUUCUCACGCAAUUAAAAGGCCACGGGACACAUCGAGGCGAGUCCGAACCCGGCACUGAUCUGUCCGUAGGUGUGGGGUCACUGAGCUCUUGGCUUCUCUGUCACCUGGAGUUGAUCUCUAGGGUUUUACUUUUGCAAUCGGGGUGGUGUGACAAUAGUAUUUUUUUCCCUUCUUAAAAAUGACGGUUAAUCCAGAUUAUCUGGUGCUUUUAUUCACCACCACAUCUGGCGCAAGUGGGGACCAAUUGGGAUCAGAUGAGAAGGAAAUUGUACAGUUGGUUUGGCAGGUUGUGGAUUUAGCGACUAAAAAGGCUGGUCAGGUAAAUGAAUUGCUAGUCAAACCGGAUCACAUUGAGCUCUCUGAGGAGUGUCAGGAGGUGAGUGGACUCACCGAGGAGACCUUGACAGAAGCUGAACUGCUUGAGGAGGCCAUCGAACAGUUGAAUCAGAGGUUAUGUGCAGAAGUGGACGCAGGUGCAGGAAUCACCUUCUACCUCUGUACGGAUGGACAGCUGCACAUUCGUCAAGUCCUCCAUCCCGAGGCUUCCAGCAAGAAUGUUUUGUUGCCUGAGUGUUUCUUCUCAUUCUUUGACCUGCGAAAAGAGUUCAAGAAUAAAUUCCCAUCAGAAGGGGAGUUGAAAGACUUGAAUCUUCAGGUCAUGGCUGACUACCUAAAUGUGGUUGUAGAUUCUUCUCUUCAUGCUUUCACUGCUCACAAGGUUCAGCAGAUGUCAGAAAUUGUUUUAGCACUUAUCUCAGAGCCUGUCUGCCACCAGUUCUCCUUCCCAGAAAAAGUGAAUGACAAGUUUGAGACUGGCACUUGCAGUAAGAUGGAAAGGGUGGAUGAUAACACAGUGAUCAGAGCUCGGGGUCUUCCAUGGCAGUCCUCAGACCAGGACAUCGCCCGGUUCUUCAGGGGUCUCAACAUCGCCAAAGGAGGUGCUGCAUUGUGUCUGAAUGCUCAGGGCAGGAGGAACGGAGAGGCACUAGUGCGGUUUGAGAGUGAAGAGCACAGGGAUUUGGCCCUGCAGAGACACAAGCAUCACAUGGGCACCAGAUACAUUGAGGUUUACAAGGCAACAGGUGAAGACUUUCUAAAGAUUGCAGGAGGUACCUCUAAUGAAGUGGCCAAAUUUCUGUCGAGGGAGAAUCAGGUUAUCGUACGCAUGCGUGGACUUCCAUUCACCGCCACCGCAGAGCAGGUGCUGCAGUUCUUCUCCCCGGCGUGUCCUGUGACAGACGGCAGCGAAGGCAUUCUGUUUGUACGUUUUCCCGAUGGCAGGCCCACUGGGGACGCGUUCGUCCUGUUCUCCUGCGAGGAGCAUGCUCAGAACGCACUGAAAAAACACAAGGACAUCCUGGGCAAGAGGUACAUAGAGCUGUUCAAGAGCACUGCGGCUGAGGUGCAACAGGUACUGAACAGAUACUCAUCGGCCCCACUGAUUCCCGUGGCCCCAUCCCCCAUCCUGUCUGUUGUGCCAUCCCCCACAUUCGUGCCCCAAACGGCAGCAGUGACAGGUGUGCGGGACUGCGUGAGAUUGAGGGGUCUGCCGUACGAUGCCACCAUCCAGGACAUACUGGUUUUCUUGGGGGAAUACACGGCUGACAUCAAGCCACAUGGAGUGCAUAUGGUGCUUAACCAGCAGGGUCGUCCGUCGGGUGAUGCUUUUAUCCAGAUGCGUUCAGCUGAACGGGCGUUCCUGGCGGCCCAGCACUGCCACAAACACAGCAUGAAGGAGCGUUACGUGGAGGUGUUUGCGUGCUCCGCUCAGGAGAUGAACAUCGUGCUAAUGGGGGGGACGCUCAACAGGAGCGGCCUCUCGCCGCCGCCAUGUAAGUUACGACGUUUGUCCCCUCCAUCAUACGCAUUUCCUCACGGGACAGCUGUUCUUCCUGCUGGAGCGGUCCUUCCUGCGGGAGCAGUGCUACCUGUGGAGCCAGCAGCUAUCUACCCCUCCCAGUUCCUGUUGAGUCCCCGACCCCUGGCACCAACGACAGCCUUCUACCCUGCCAGCAACCCACUGUACAUGAACUACACCACCUAUUAUCCCAGCCCACCUGGCUCCCCCCCUAACAUCAGCUACUUCCCUACUGGCCACACCCCUUCAGCUGGCUCAAUCCUCUCAGCCCCACACACAGCACUGAUACGAAUGCAAGGCCACGCCCCUUCCCAUGCUUAUAAUAGCGGGGUUAAAGAAAUCCUCAGCAUGGUACAUGGAUAUCAGCCCGGUAACAGCGACGCUUUGGUAACUCUCCCUUCUAUGCUGUCGGCCAAGCAGCCUAUUGGAGACCAGACUGUAGGAGGCGGAGCCUAUCUUGACUUGCAGUUGCUUUAAGCCAAUCUAUUGACGAGGCCACGCCCUUGUGGUGGAUUCAACAAACCCCUUAAUACAAAGCAGUUUAUGCCAUUUAUGCUAUUUAUAUAAGAAUUUAAAAAAAGAAUUAUAUGUAUUUUGACAUUUAAUGUAUAUUGCACAUUGUUUUUUUAUGCAUUAGAGCAAAUAUUCUACUCAUACGGUUUGUUGCGUGAGUUUGUAUGUUUGUGUCCAUGCACAUGCAGUGAUGUUCACUCAGGAAAUAGCUUCUUGAACCAGGGUCUAAACAUUAAAUUUGCCGAAUCAGACUUUUGCUGAUACCGUAAAUUUAAGCCAAAGGACCAGAAAAAAAGUGUGUGUGUGUGUGUGUGUGUGUGUGUAUAUGUUUGUGUGUGUCAGUGCCUCCCUGUUGAUGUGACUCUACCGUGAGUAUGUGUAAAUACGUAGAGACAUUCUCAAGCCUCUCUUUUUUUUUCUUUGAAGGUUUUAAUUUGCAUGAAGUUCAUAGAGCUAGCUGUUCUAACAUGUUUACAAGAUUCGCCAAACUCUUACAUCACGCACAGUGUAGUUCGUGGAUGUAUGCAACAUGUAGUUCUUCUAAGUCAUUUCGCCAAAAAUAGCUCAGAACCAGAAUCAGGAACAACUUUUGUGCUUUAUAUGUGUGUACCUGUGUCAUGCCUAAGAAAACUAUGUAUUGUCCGUACUAAUCAAUGUACAAAAUUCUAUAGCUAAUUGUGCUUGUGGAUGUGUGCAUGUGUAGUAGAUGUAACCAACUAAUGAAUAUGUGUGUGUGUUUAGCCAAAAAAGUCAAUGCAUGUGUGUUUAUUUACUGCACUCAGAGAGUGUUUCGGGCCUGCUGUAAUGCACACAGGUGUAUUUUCACCCAUUGUCUGUGUAUUAAGGAGAGUGUUUGUGUGCAUCUGCUGGAAUGUGAACAGGUUCAUUUGUUACCUGCAGCUGUGUCCCAUCUGUACCCUCCUGUUUGUUUAUGCCAAUGUGCCUCAUUUAUUAUACUCUGUGCUUUUUUUUAAUACUAGAAGUAAUUUGCAUGUUUAGGCUUUUAUGAGCAGUAAGAGUAAAGUGUAUGACAGUGAAAUAGUCAGUGUGAUUUAUUUGUACUAGUACCCACACAUGCCAGCGGGCAGUAGUUAAGCAAAAGCACUACUCUUUCAUGUUACCGAUCUGUUACCAUCAUAUUUGUAAUUCGUAAACAUAUGUAGGAAAGAGAAGUCAAGAAUUUGGCUGUUUGGAGAAAGUAUUUUAUUUUGAUAUUUUAUAAUGACUUAAAAUAAAGGAAAUUUAACAACGUU